AUGAAAAGAGACGAAGAAGAUGUCAAGAAAGUUAUUGAAGUAAUCAGCAACUGGCGUAACCCAUUUGAACCAUCAGAGGAACUUCUCUGCAUCAGCUCGGGGUAUGUUACCAGCGACAGCAUAAAGCAAGACCUGCUGGAGGCAAAAGAGAAGGGAGCAACAGCUUUAACAGCGUUUGUAGAAGAAAGAAUAAUCACAAAUUCAACAGGAAUCUUUGAAACACUCCCUAAACUGAAGCUAGGAAGUUUCCGUGAUACACACAAGAAGACUUCUGUGACAGCAGGAGACAGGAAUGUCAUGAUAAGAGCCGACAGAAACCUUUUUGCCCGCCUGCUUGUCAUUGGACAGAGCCGCCAGAUGGACCUGAGAUGUCUGCUGUCUCAUGAGCUUGGCCCUCUCCCGUGGUCUUUAGCUUUACCCGAUGGCUCAUUAGCCAAGACAAACAAAGCCAGUCUUUCUGUGUUACUCGAAAAUGGUGUAGAAUGCCUACCGAGCUUACCUGAUCAGACUACAGCUGUCAUCAUAGAUGCAAUGGCGAUGCUACAGACAGUAGUCAGAGUGCCUGAUAGAUUUUGUGAGCUGGCAGAGAUGGUGAUGUCCAGAAUUCUGACAGAAGCUGGCGAGGCAGCAAGAAUUGACUUUGUAGGAGAUCAAUAUCCGGCCAUCUCAAUAAAGAACACAGAAAGAAACAAACGAAGCAGAGAUGGACAGCUGGUAGUCAACGUCACCAACGGUCAACAGAUGUGCCCACGUCAGUGGAGAAAGUUUCUGGCAAAUGGUAAAAAUAAAACUAACCUCCUAAGCUUCCUUGUACGGGAGUGGUCAGAAAACGCCGUGUACGCACAGAAAAUUAAAGACCGCACCUUCUUUGUCACUCACGGAGACAACUGCACCAAACUUGUCGCCCCAAAUGGUUCAACUACUGCAAGCGAUGUGCCCGAACUUUGCACCAAUCAAGAGGAAGCUGACACUAGAAUGUUCCUCCACGCAGAACAUGCAUCUCAAAAUGGACACUAGCGCAUUGCCAUUAAGUCCUCUGACACAGAUGUAGAAGUACUAGCCUGCUAUUACCAAGCCGUCAUUUCUGCUGACAUAAUUCUGGUCAGUGGUACUAGUAGAAGAUCUCGCAUUGUUAGCAUUCGACGGGUAUGUGAAAGACUUGGCCGAGAAAUAUGCGAAAUACUUCCAAGUCUCCAUGCCAUAACUGGUUGCGAUAGUGUGAGCGCUUUUUCAACAAAAGGGAAGAAGAAGGCUCUUAUGUUGUACAGAUGAAUCCAGCUUUGAGGCAAACUCUUGGCUCCUGCUAG